AUGCCGGCAAAGCUGCGCUCGGCCCUGACCGGCAACGUGCCCCGUAUCGCGUAUACAGAGUGCGCGACCGCGCAUUGUGGCGGUAGAGCUCUACCGACUUUGGCUCGAACGCAACCCAAGCCGAUUUCGUUUGUCGAAGCCGCUUAUGCACUCCCUCCCGCCGACCGAUACGAAGAACGCAACCGCACCCUCAAGCGCUAUUUUGCCACCGCCCUCACGCCGACGGGCUGGCAGCAAGUGCGCGAUGGGGGCAAGUCGGCCAUCAUUGUAUCGGCGCAAAAGGCGAUCAGCGCCACCGAGUUUGACCCGCGCGACGCCGAGCGCGACACCCACAUCCGCGUCGCCAUGCUCGGCCUGGCUGAUCUUUUGGGCCAGUCGGGCGUCGCCGUCGAGGUGGCCAAGGACGGCGAGGCGUCAGACAUGGCGCUCCUCAACACGCUGCCGGUCUCUGCGCUGUGCGUCACGCUACGCUUCCGCGAGCUGGGCGGCCUCGACUUUGAGGCCUUUGCCGCAGCCGACCCCGCCGUCCAGCGCCGCUGGGCAUGUCGCAUACAGACCCAGCUGGCCUGUGCGCUGCGCGUGCCUGACGACGAGGUGGUGAUCAUGCGCGCCAUCAAGGGCAGCGUCAAGGUCGAGGCCAUCAUCGCACAAGACAUCAUCGGCAACAAGAUUAACAAGGACGACCUGCGCACGCUCGACGUCAUCUAUGCCACGCUCGACGACCGCUUCCGUAAGCUCUAUGCCGACAGCUUUAUGGAGGCCGACGUCACGCUGCGGUCACUCGCCACGCGGUUCAAGCUGGCGCCAUCCGACUUUGACAGCCGGGGUGACUUUGCCUUUCCCAACGCCAAGGGCGACAAACAACAGCGUGGCGGCCACAUCUACCACCAGCCCAACUCGUGCUGGCGGCGCCUCGGGCUGCGUGUGCUGGGCCUCUACGACGAUGGCGACAAGUGGAUUAGCAUGAACAAUGCCGAGGGCGAGUGGAUGGUGGGCUUUCACGGCACCGGCGGCAACCCCGGCAGCGAGCACCGCAACAGCGCGGCGGCCUUUGGCAAUAUCGCCAAGACGCGCGUCAUUGUGCCGGGCGACGCCAACGCCUAUGGGGGCGAAAAGACAAUGAACCAGGCGACAGGCGUGCCGCUCGUGGGCAUCUACUUUGCCAACACGAUCGACUCGUGCUACCGCUGGCGCACCAAGGACCCGGCGACGGGCGACACCUACGAGCUAGCCUUUCAGUGCCGCAUCGACCCCAAGGGCGCCUGGGUGCCCAGCAGCAACACCAGCUACAUCAUCGCCCGCACCCCGGUCGAUGUGCGGCCUUAUGGCAUGCUCUUGCGCAGGCUUUGA